AUGGCAAAGUUUGUUCUGUUAGUUUGCUUGUUUCUUCAAUUUGUUUUCUGUGUCGCUAGUGAAGACAAAUGCAUUGCUGGAGAUUAUCACAAAUCUUCGCCGUCACCCGAAACAAGCGACUUCAAGACUUGUCAUGCCUUCAAGAACAGCAGCUGUUGCACUGCCGCUUUCACUGCUGAACUUGUUGCCAAUGAAACCAGAAAUCUGUACAAUCAUUCAUGGCACCGAUGUGGUCAGUUGUCUGAAAAAUGCCAAGAAUUUUGGGUGAAGCAAGUGAGUGUUUUUGUAUCUUGCUGGUUUAAAGUUUUCAGAAGUUUUAAAUCAGAGUUUUUAAUUUUAUUCAUGAAAAACGGCAGAGGGCGAAUCAAUCCAAGACGAGAGUUCUACCAAAGUAAUCACCCAUUUAUGACUUAACAUUUCUUAUUUAUUUAUUUUUUUUUGCACAUUAUUUUUACUAAGGAGUUUGUAAGACUAGCUAGCUACAUGUAUCACAGGUGUCCCAAGCUCACGCACGUUACGAGUGUGUUUUCUCUAAGAGAGUCGGUGUCGCUUUACAAGCAACCGGUGAGACUUUGUAUGAGUAAUAAAAUACUGAGGUCUGCGAACGCUAAAUAUCAUUAUUCUUACUUAUUUUUCUGUAAAAUAAAUAAAGGAGACUUACCUUUGAUGUAUUCCUGUGUUUUUUGGUGUGAAUUCAUCGAUUUAGUCGGGGUUUUUUUAGCUGUUAUUGUUUCACCCCUGUAACUCUCUUCAUAAUACGGAGUGAAGGCAGCACAGAAAAACAGCCCGCGGUCCAGACCUUGCCUACUCGAAGGCGGUUUGCGACCCGAAAACCCAUCAAAUCGCAGAUUUUUUCGACCAGAGGUACACUUCUAUUAUCGCUGCUCCGCGGUAAACGUUUAAAAGCGAAAUAUCCCCACGAAUGUUGCUGAAAAUGAACAUUUCCUCGAGCCAUGCAUGUCCAAAACACCUUCAUUCUCCAGACGCUGUGAUACGGCAUGUAAUUAUACCAAAAUUUACUUAGGUAAAUCAAGAAAGUUAGGACCUCUGUCUUUUCUUGUUGUGCAGAUAACUGUCAUGAAUACAUCUGUUUUUGUUACUCAUCAUUAAUCCUGUUCAUUUUAGGAAUGCUUUUAUCAGUGUUCCCCUAAAGUCUACAAGUGGAAACAUCCAACAGUAAAAGGAGCUCUUCAAGGUAUUUAAACUUAAAUUGAUCAAAUUUAUUUAUUUUUUUUGGACCAUAAUGAACUGUGUCUGUAAACCUGCAAACAAGUCUUCUCAAGCUGAUUGUUGUGCAAGGUAGAUGUAAAUGCGGUCAAUAUAAAAUAUGGACUGCGGACUGCGGACUAUGGACUGCGGACUGGGUAUGAAAUAUGGACAAGGUAUAAAACGGGGACUGGGAAAUAUGGACUGGGUAUAAAACAUGGACUAGGUAUAAAAAGAGAACUGCAGAUUGGGUUUAAAUACGGACUACAGACUACGUUGGUAGUGCGGUGCUAAUUGGUGGUAAAUCGGUGCUAAUUGGUUCUAGGUAAGGAAAAAUAAGAUCAAAAUAUUGCUAAAUAGCAAGACACGUGAGUCAAAGUUGUAAAUACUCCUAUAAAUUCUUAGUGGAGGUGUGCCGCCCAGUUCUCUAUAAGAAUUUUACUGAUCUGACUAACACCAAUACUAUUUUUUUUUUAUUUGGUGCUUCUUAUUGGUUUAAAACUGUAAAUUGAAAUCUCUUCUAACUCCUUUUUUUUACAAAAUUGGGAGUUUAAUAAUAUUUCAGUUGCCUUGAAUACCGGUAUAACCUUCCUUGUCCGUGGGAAGAAUAGACUAUGUGAACAGCUAAAGGAAUGUUAAAGCUGGGACUACUGUUUUUGCUAGUCCAUUUCCGUCUCUGUCAGUUUUACCUUUCUAAAGCUGUUUUUAUAUACAUACCUUAUUAUAGGAAAUUAACGCUCCAUGAAAUUGAGGUAUUGGAAAUUAAUGCGACUUAAAAUUCACACAAAUUUAAUGGAAAAUGACUUUCGAAUAAAGAAAAUUAACGCGAAAGAGGAGGUAGAAUUUCAUAAAAAGGAAAUUAAAGCGAUUAUCUUGGCCGUAAUCAAAGGAGAAGAUAUUGACAUCACUUCUGACAGUGACAACGAUGAAGAUGAACUGGAAAUAUUGUGAACCUUCGCCUUUUAACUUUUGUGAAAGAUGAAAAAGGGUAAAUGGAAAGAAAGAAAGCUUGUAGUUAAUGUUUUUUAGGUGUCAAGAAUGUCUGGACAGGUUCCAAAAUUGGGGUUAAAGUACUGGUAAUUAAGAGUGCAGAAAUUAACGCUGCACUUAAUUAACGUCGCGGAAAUUAAUGCUCAACAAAAUUAACGUGACUUAAAUUAACGCGAAUUUUAACGAUUUGCAUUAAUUUCAUGGAGCGUUAAUUUCCUAUAAUAAGGUAGUCCGUAGUCCGCACUUUAUACCUAGCCUGUAUUUUAUACUCAGAGUCCUCAUUUAAUACCUAGUCCGUGUUUUAUACCCAGUCCACAGUCCGGGGUCUGCAGUCCGCAGUCUGCAAUCCAUUGUUUAUAUAUACUGACCGGAUGUUAAUCCAUCUGGCUUAGAGUAAUCAGUCAAUUCCACCUGCACCCAAAUACUUUGUAUUUGAGGGUAAUUUUCCAAGUACAAGCCCCCUGGGGGCUUAUAUUUGUAGGGGUGAUUUAAAGGAGGGAUUUUUGCCUUACCGGUUUGGGGGGGCUUAUACAUGGAGGGGCUUAUUUUCAGAAUUUUACGGUUCUUCUAUUUUUACAUCUCAUUUAAAUUCUGUGUUUCUUAGGUGUGCCUGUCUGCUCAGACUUCUGUGAUAAUUGGUAUGAUGCCUGCAAGGCUGAUCAGAUCUGUGUGGAGAAUGUUCUUGAAGACUAUAACUUCACUGUUCAUCAGGAAAAUUUCUGUCCUGCAAACAAGCCAUGCAAAACUUAUGAAACAAUGUAUGGCAAUGGAAAAAACCUUUGUGAGAAGAUGUGGGCAGGUUCCUAUAGUUACACCAAGGCAAAUGCUGAUCAUUCUAACUGUCUGAGAAUGGAUGGGUCAGUUCCUAAUCCAAUAAGCAAAGGUUUUGUUAGUAAGGCUGGUGCAUUGUUGUUGGUGGUUCUGUUUGUUGUGCCUCUUUUAUAA